UUUAGAAUGUUUAGAGGUUGCAUGGUUGUAUAGCUUAUUAUUUUCUAAGGAAAUUUAACUUUAAUUUGACAAUGUAUCGAACAAGUUAAAGCAAAAAAUGAAAUUUAGGACAGCUAAAUUAAUCAAUAUGAAUAUAACUCUUAAAAUUAUUGUUUGUUGAAUGUGAAUAUGAUUAAAGAAUGAAUAAUGAAGAUACACAGUUAUACAACAUAAAAAAAAGUAUAGUCUAUAAUCAUCAUGUAUAACCGACACCAGAAACAAGUUACAAUCUUAUCCUGAUACGUGAUACUCCCUACGAAUAUACAACAAAUUAUACAAUUCAAGGCAAAAAGAAAGAUUUAAAAUUUAUUUUUCCGUAAAUUUUUUAACACUAAUUUAAUUAUAGAUGAAAUCUAUGAUAAAACUUUAACAUUAUGCAUAUUGUUAAAUUGAAAAUUGUUACUAAUUUAAUAUUCGAGCUAAUAACAUUUUAUUUAAACGUAUUAUAUAGUCUAGAUCCAUCAUUGAAAGGCUGGGCGUGUAUCUCUGAUGACAAAGACAAGAAGACACGUACACUUUGAGAUGCAAGAAACAUAGAAGGACUUGUUCAACCUUGUACCUUCACAAUGAUUAUCAGUAUUAUUAUUGAGAUUAUUUGUAUAAAAAAUAUUAUUUGUAUUAUCAUUAUUAUUAGUGUUACUGUGAGAAGGGUGAAAAAGAUUAUUAUUAUUAUUAUUAUUAUUAUUAUGUUAGGAGAGAAAGAAAAGAAAAGAAGGAGGUACCUGAGCUGUAAAAGAGAAGUGCUAUUAUUGGGUGUGUGUGAUUUUCUCUCUCCUUGCGUUUUUGCAUGUUUGAAUGGAAUGUGAUGUAAAGUUUUGCAUCCUCAAUCAUCUCGAACUCUUUUCUUCCUCGGCCGUUUGAAACAGAUAGGCCUGUCUGGAGGGCGUGCACGGCGCACCCUUCUCUGUGCGUGUGCCAACCCUGUCCCUUCACUAUGGCACUCUCCACUUCUUUGACUCCAUUCACGUUUCUCCUUUCAUCUUCAUUUCUAUCGCAUAUUCUUCUCAUCGUAACUGCUUCAGACAAAGAAUUGCUCCUCGGAUUCAAAGACUCCAUUGAAAACAAACAUGUCUUGUCUUCCUGGAAUGAAUCCGUCCCUCCAUGUUCUCCCAAACAACCUAACUGGCCUUACAUUCACUGUUAUAAAGGACACGUCUGGGGUUUGACGCUCGAGAACAUGAGACUCAAAGGGGUCGUUGACGUUCAAGCCCUCCAGAAGCUACCCUAUCUUCGAACCUUAAGCCUCAAGAACAAUGAUUUUAACACUGAAUGGCCUUACAUCAACGGCAUUCUGGGUUUGAAGGCCCUUUUUCUUUCCAAUAACAAGUUUUUUGGGGAGGUUCCUGCUCAGGCUUUUCAGGACAUGAAAUGGUUAAAGAAAAUCCAUUUGUCCAACAACCGCUUCACCGGUCAUAUUCCAACUUCCCUCGCAUCCAUGCCCAGGCUUAUCGAGUUGAGGCUCGAAGGAAACCAAUUCACCGGCUCCAUACCCAAUUUUCUACGCCCAUUGCAAUCUUUUUCUGCAGCUGAUAAUAAAUUAGAGGGACAAAUACCAGAGGGCCUCCGUGACCUCCCAGUUUCAGCUUUCUCUGGUAAUGAAGGGCUAUGUGGAGCACCAUUAGAAGCAUGCAAGUCCAAAAAGCUAUCACUUCUGAGUAUUAUUGUGACUGUUGUUCUUGUUCUUGUAGCACUGGUUGUUAUUGGAGCAGUAGUGUUGUUAGUCCUUCGCCGGAGAAGAGAGCAGCUGCCAGAUGUGUCUGAGGAAGAUUCACCAUCAGUGUCCCACAUGAAAGCAAGAAGUAGGGAACCAUCGGAGGAAGGAAGUCGCAGGUCCCGCUCCUCGAGCCGCAUCAGCAAAGGAGACACCAUGAUGUUAUCGUUUGUGAGGGAUCACAAAGACCAGUUUAAUUUGCAUGAACUACUGAGUGCCUCAGCUGAGGUACUGGGCAGUGGUUGUUACAGCUCUUCCUACAAGGCUUCUUUGUUAAAUGGACCAGUUAUGGUGGUCAAGAGAUUCAAGCAAAUGAACAAUGUCGGAAGGGAAGAGUUUCACGAGCACAUGCGACGGUUUGGACGGUUAAAUCAUCCUAAUCUGCUUCCUCUCAUUGCCUACUACUACAGAAAGGAGGAGAAACUCUUCGUUACUGACUUUGUUCACAAUGGCAGCUUGGCUGUUCGCCUCCAUGGAUACCAAGCUCUAGGGCAGCGAAGCCUGGAGUGGGCAAGUAGGUUGAAGAUAGUGAAAGGCAUAGCAGAAGGACUUGAAUAUCUUUACAGGGAGAUGCCAAGCUUAAUAGCGGCGCAUGGACAUCUGAAAUCCUCGAACGUUCUUCUGAAUGAAUCUUUGGAACCCCUUCUGACGGACUAUGGGUUGGUACCGGUGAUAAAUCAAGACCUUGCUCCUGACAUAAUGGUGAUCUAUAAGUCCCCAGAGUAUUUGCAGCAUGGUCGCAUUACAAAGAAGACUGAUGUGUGGAGUCUUGGGAUAAUUAUUUUGGAGAUUCUAACGGGAAAUCUUCCUGUUAACUUUCUACAAGGAAAAGGAAGUGAUUUGAGUUUGGGAAACUGGGUCCAUUCGGUCUCGGAAGAGUGUAGCAGUGAGGUGUUUGAUAAGGAUAUGGAGAUAAGCAGAAACAGUGAGGGAGAGAUGAUAAAGCUUUUGAAGAUUGCAUUGGCUUGUUGUGAAAGGGACGUUGACAAGAGAUGGGACUUAAAAGAAGUUGUAGAUAGAAUUCAUGAAGUAAACGAAACUGAUAACGAGGAUCAAUGUUCCCGUUCUUCUUCUAAUGCUAGUGAAGUUGAAAUCAAGCAGACUCAGUCAGGUGAAGUUAGUUUCUCCAUAGAUAUGGCUCAAUGAGGUUGUCAAGGCAUCAUCAUGAAUGAAGGAAUGAAAUGCAUCCAUGCAUGCAAGAUGAUGAGAUAGAUUUUGAAGUUGAUUCAACUCAUUUGUUUAGUACUUAGUUUCAUUUAUUCCAACUUAUACAAAGGCUAUCUGAAGCUUCUAAUUCUUUUAUAGGAGAGCAUGUACAGUAAUUUAGGAAGGAAAAUAGAAUACACUCAUUCUUGUGCACAACAAAUGUAUUGUCA